GAGUUCCAGUUCACACCAAAGCCGCCAUGAGCUCGCUGGAAUGCCAUUUUGCUGUGAAACUGUUCCAGCAGAUUCGACUAUCCAAUAAGGAAAAUAUCUUCUUUUCUCCCUUCAGUAUCUUAUCAGCCUUAUCCCUGGUCUACUUAGGGGCCAAAAAAAACACCGCAGUAGAACUUCAGAAGGUCCUUUUCUCUGAUGAGUCCUCAGAGACAACCAAUGAAGGAAACACAGCAAUUACGGCUGGAAAGUUGGACAAAGUGCAUCAUCAUUUUCAAAAACUUCAGACUGAACUCAAUAAGCCCAGUGAUGACUAUGAGCUGAGCACUGUCAACAGACUCUAUGGAGAAAAGACGUUUCGGUUUCUUCAGGAAUACACAGAUAAUAUUAAGAAAUUUUACCUAGCUGAUGUGGAAUCUGUAGACUUUGCAAAUGCUGCAGAAGAAUGUCGGAAAAUGAUAAAUUCCUGGGUGGAGAGACAAACACAUGACAAAAUCAAGGACCUAAUUCCCAAAGGUGACCUUACAGGUGCCAUCCUGCUCCUGGUGAAUGCAGUCUAUUUUAAAGGGCAGUGGGAGAACAUAUUUGAUGAAAAAAUUACUGAGCAGGCCCAAUUUUGGCUAAAUAAGGACACAAGCAAAUCUGUAGAGAUGAUGAGACAAAUCAGUUUUUAUAACUUCUCUUCACUGGAGGAUGUGCAAGCCAAGAUUCUGGAAAUUCCAUACAAGGGGAAAGACCUAAGCAUGGUGGUGCUAUUGCCAAAUGAAGUAGAUGGUCUAAAGAAGCUGGAAGAGAACUUUACCUCCAACAAACUGAAAGAGUGGAUGAGGCCCGAGAAUAUGAGCGCACGACAGGUGAGUCUCCACUUACCUCGGCUCCACGUGGAGGAAUCCUACGACCUGAAGGCCACACUGAUGGGCUUGGGCAUUGUGGAUGCCUUUAGCUCUCAGGACGCCGACUUGUCGGGCAUGACUGGGAGCCAGGGUCUGGUUCUGUCCAAAGUCCUGCACAAGUGCCUUGUGGAUGUGACCGAGAGAGGCACGGAAGCUGCAGCCGCCACCGCCAUAAAAGUGGAGAUCACGGCAUCCCCCUACCUCGAAAGGUUCCACUGUGACCACCCUUUCCUGUUCUUCAUCAAGCACAAUAAAUUCAACAGCAUCCUCUUCUUUGGCAGAUUCUCUUCUCCUUAAAGGGGGUGAGACUGCCAUAAACUUCAGGAGACUCUGUAGGAACUAUGGUGGUUGUCUUUGGGAAGGGCGGGUGAGGGCACUGAGGGCACAGAACUCUUGUGGUGGGUGUGGUGUGACAUACUCUGUAACCUUACAACCUUGUAGUCCACUGUCUGUUAAUCGAAAAUUUAAAAAUUAUGGGCCAGGUGGUGACGCACCUGGUUAAGCGCACACAUUACAGUGCACAAGGACCCAGGUUCAAGUAUCCGGUCCCCACCUGCAGGGGGAAAGCUUCACAAAUGGUGAAGCAAGGCUACAGGUGUCUCUGUCUCUCUCCUCUAUGUCCCCCUAGCCCCCUCAAUUUCUCUCUGUAUCUAAUUAAUAAAUUAAUUAAUUAAUUGAAAGAAAACAUUCUGCCUUCUCUGCCGAUGAAAUGUUCCCUGGGAGAUCCCCUUAAGAAAUAUGGUUACGUAUAAAUAUUUCUUUCAAAGGCAAUCUUCCUCUGUUUUCAAGUCCUCCUGACAUGUACACAUGCACACACACAAACACACGCACACUUCAUGAAGUUAACCUUUUCCCAGAUAUAUUCUGUAGAUGGUAAAAAUUUGCUUCCAUGUAAAGGUUGGGGAUAUCUUCCAUAAAAAAUACCUUCCCACUAAAUUUUUUUUAUUUACUCUUUCUUGAGCACAUCUUAGGAUUCUGCCUGGAACUGUGCACCCCAAAUUGCAAAGUUUGAUCCCAAGUAAACACAAAUUGUCUCUCAUUAAAUCUAUAUAUAAAUAUCAUUAAACUGUCUUACUGUUUCUUUAA